AUGGAGAUGGUGGAGAUGGAGGCCGCCGUUGGCCGCUGCCUCCUCCUCCUCCUCCUCCUCCUCUGCCUAAUCCUCUGCUACUUCCCCUUCUCCGACGGCCUUACAGACAUUGAAGCCGCUGCCAUCACUCGCCGCCAGCUCAUAGCCCUUUCCGAGAAUGAAGAGCUUACCAAGGACUUCGAGUUCGAUAUCAAGAUUGACGUCAAAAUAGCCAACCCCCGUCUCCGUCGUGCCUACGUGGCCCUCCAGGCCUGGAAGGACGCCAUCUACUCUGACCCCAACAAUUUCACCGGCAACUGGGUGGGCCCCGACAUAUGCAACUACAAUGGCAUUGUUUGCGCGCCAGCCCCCGACGACCCCUCCACCAACGUCGUGGCCGGGGCGGACCUCAACGGCGGCGACAUUGCUGGGUACCUUCCUGCCGAGCUUGGCCUGCUGACCGAAGCAGCGCUCUUCCACAUUAACUCCAACCGCUUCUGUGGUGUCAUCCCUCAGAGUUUCUCCGAUCUUAAGCUCCUCCAUGAGUUCGAUGCGAGCAACAACCGGUUCGUCGGCCCAUUCCCGGACGUCGUCCUCCGACUGCCCUCGCUCAAGUACAUCGACCUUCGGUUCAAUGACUUCGAGGGUCCUUUGCCGUCGGCCCUCUUCGAGAUGGACCUCGACGCGAUAUUCUUGAACGACAACCGCUUCACCUCUCACAUUCCUGAAAAUUUCGGCGAGUCUAAGGCUUCUGUCGUGGUUCUGGCCAACAACAAGCUCGGCGGAUGCAUUCCGAGGAGCAUCGGAAAGAUGGGAGCCACGCUAAACGAGCUCGUCCUCCUCAAUAAUGGCCUCACCGGGUGCCUGCCGUUGGAGAUCGGGAUGUUGGGCAAUUCGACGGUGGUGGACGUGAGUCGGAAUUCUCUCACUGGAGUGCUGACAUCGAAGAGCUUUGAGGGAUUAAGCAUGGUGGAGGAGUUGGAGUUAUCGCACAACAAUCUCACCGGCAUUGUGCCAGCGGCGAUCUGCAAAUUACCGAGGCUCGCCAGCUUCAACUUCGGGUACAACUUCUUCAAGGGGGAGGCGGAAGAGUGCCGGCCAUCGGGGAAGUCCGACGUCGCAUAUGACGACUCGAAUAAUUGCCUGCCCAACAGAGCAGAGCAAAAAUCGCCAACCUUGUGCUCACCGGUCGUGAAUCGUCCAGUGAAUUGUAGUCGCUUCGAGUGCGGAUAUCCAUCGACUCCAUCGCCGGUGGUGAGCCGCCCUGUAAAGCCACCGCCGCCACCGCGAUCAAAACUCUCGCCACCGGCGCCAUAUGACUCGUCUCCGGAAAAGCGUGUCCACUCACCGCCUCCUCCAGCAACACCUUUGCAAUCUCCGCCAUCACCAUAUAAAGUGUCUCCGGUAACGAUGGUUCACUCUCCACCACCACCGGUUUCCUCGCCGCCGCCGCCGCCUGUCUAUUCACCACCACCCCUGCCAGUUCAAUCUCCGCCUCCUCCAGUCUACUCAACGCCACCUCCUCCACCGGUUUACUCUCCACCUCCUCCUCCUAUACACUCACCGCCACCUCCUCCGGUCUAUUCUCCUCCACCGCCGCCCGUAUUCUCAUCUCCACCGCCACCACCAAAAGCUUCCCCACCACCACCACCACCCGUUUUCUCACCUCCACCACCAGUUUACUCUCCGCCGCCAACACCAAAAGCUUCACCACCACCACCGCCUGUCUCCUCUCCUCCACCACCAGUCUACUCUCCACCGCCACCGCCAAUCUUCUCUCCUCCACCACCAGUCCACUCUCCACCGCCGCCACCUGUCUCCUCUCCUCCACCACCACAAUGGAACAACGACUUCCUUCCGCCAGUGGGUGGAUAUAGCUACGCAUCCCCACCUCCGCCCAUCUACCAAGGAUACAACUGA